AUGGAGCAAUUCAGACAAAUCGGUGAAGUUCUUGGAAGUCUUAAUGCACUUAUGGUAUUACGAGAUGAUAUCUUGAUCAACCAAAGACAGUGUUGUCUCUUGUUAGAAAUCUUCAGUUUAGCUUUCAACACCCUAGCAGAAGAGAUCAGACAGAAUCUCAAGCUUGAGGAGAAGCAAACUAAAUGGAGAGCUCUUGAGCAACCUUUAAGAGAGCUUUACAGAGUUUUUAAAGAAGGCGAGUCUUAUGUUAAGCAGUGUAUGGACAGUAGUGACUGGUGGGGUAAAGUUAUCAAUCUUCAUCAGAACAAAGAUUGUGUUGAGUUUCAUAUACACAACUUGUUCUGUUAUUUCUCUGCUGUUGUUGAAGCCAUCGAAGAUGCUGGGGAGAUUUCGGGUCUUGACCCUUCUGAGAUGGAGAGGAGGAGAGUUGUGUUUUCAAGAAAGUAUGAUAGAGAGUGGAAUGAUCCUAAGCUGUUUCAAUGGAGGUUUGGGAAACAGUAUCUGGUGUCUAGAGAUAUUUGCAGCCGGUUUGAGCAUUCUUGGAGAGAAGAUAGAUGGAAUCUAGUGGAGGCAUUACAAGAGAAGAGGAAAUCGGACAGCGAUGAUAUUGGUAAAACCGAGAAGCGUUUAGCUGAUUUGCUUUUGAAGAAGUUAACCGGUUUGGAGCAGUUUAACGGGAAGCUGUUUCCGAGCUCUAUACUUCUAGGUUCAAAGGAUUACCAAGUGAAAAGAAGGUUAGAUGCAGAUGGACAAUACAAGGAGAUACAAUGGCUAGGUGAUAGUUUUACAGUGAGGCACUUCUUCAGCGAUCUUGAGCCGCUAAGUUCUGAAAUUUCAUCUCUUUUAGCGCUUUGUCAUUCGAACAUACUUCAGUACCUCUGUGGAUUCUAUGAUGAAGAAAGGAAAGAAUGUUUUUUGGUUAUGGAGUUGAUGCACAAAGAUCUGCAGAGCUACAUGAAAGAGAACUGCGGACCAAGACGAAGAUAUCUGUUCUCGGUUCCAGUCGUGAUUGAUAUCAUGCUGCAAAUUGCAAGAGGAAUGGAGUAUCUCCAUGGAAAUGAUAUCUUCCAUGGAGAUUUAAACCCCUUGAACAUUCUUUUGAAAGAGAGGAGUCAUACUGAAGGUUAUUUCCAUGCGAAAAUUUCUGGAUUCGGUUUAUCUUCUGUCAAAGCUCAGUCUUCUCGGUCUUCCUCGAGACCAGGCACUCCUGAUCCUGUGAUCUGGUAUGCACCUGAAGUUCUAGCAGAGAUGGAACAAGACCUGAAUGGUACAACUCCGAAGUCCAAGUUGACUCAUAAAGCUGAUGUGUAUAGUUUUGCAAUGGUGUGUUUUGAGCUCAUAACAGGUAAAGUUCCAUUUGAAGAUAGUCAUCUUCAAGGUGAACAAAUGGCCAUCAACAUUAGGAUGGGAGAGAGACCUCUUUUCCCUUUCCCUUCACCAAAAUACCUCGUUAGUCUGAUCAAACGUUGCUGGCACUCAGAACCGAGCCAGCGUCCUAACUUCUCUUCGAUUUGCCGGAUACUACGCUACAUCAAGAAGUUCCUAGUUGUGAAUCCAGAUCAUGGUCAUCCUCAAAUGCAAACUCCACUAGUUGAUUGUUGGGAUUUAGAAGCAAGGUUCUUGAGAAAGUUUCCAAGUGAUGCAGGGUCUCACACCGCAUCCGUGAACCAAAUCCCUUUCCAACUCUUCUCAUACCGGGUUUCGGAAAGAGAGAAGAUGAAUCCAAACUCAAAAGAAAGCUCAGAAGGAAGUAGUGAAUCUGAAAGCGUUUCAGUGGUUGAAGAUCCACCCAAUGCCAUGAGUACAAGAGAUACAAAAUCAUUGUGUCAAGAUACAGUAUCUGAAUACUCAGAUACAAGAUCAGUCUACUCAGAAGCUCCCAUCAAAAAGGUCUCAGCUUUAAAGAAAAGUGGUGAAAUGGUAAAGCUCAGAAAAAGUCCAAGCUUAGGUUCAGAAAAGUUGAGAUCUAUGGGAACUUCACCGGUGAAAGCAAGAUCAUCGCCAAAAGCAUCACCAUUGAAUCCAUUUGGAAGAAGCAUAAAAGCAAGGAAAGAUAAUAGAUUGCCUUUGAGUCCAAUGAGUCCUUUAAGUCCAGCAAUACGCAGAAAACAAACUGGUCAUGCUUCAGAUUCUGAGCUUACUUAGCUUUUCAUCAAAACUAGAGGAGAGGAAGAUCCAUGAAAAAGCAGAAAAGAUAGUUUUUGGUCAGUAUUCAAAGCAGAGUUCAAAGUUUCAGACAUGAAAAAAAAACAAAAAACAAUGAGGUAGAGAUCUUUUUGAA